AUGCGAAGGGUAGACUCGGAUAAUGGAGGAAGAAAGCAAGAAUCAGAUGCCAUGGGGGAGCGUGUCCAGAUUGCAAGCAAGCUUGUGGCUGCAACCUAUGCAGAUGCUCGAGCGGCAGUCGGACAAGCGAGCACCCGAUACUAUCGAGGCAAUCGCAAUUGGUUUGCCGUGACAGGACGCGAGCACUUGGCUCUAUACAGCAGGACAGACCACCCGUACUGCAAGAGCAGCGCCAGACUCUUUGCUCAGCCUAAGCUUCGCGUAAGAGUCCUGAACGCGACAGUGCAUCGUCCGGCAUUCGCUGACACUACCCGAAGGCAAGCCGUUGCUCGUGCGUUUCGAGUCUGUCACUCUCGCAUUGACGACGGUCAAUGGGUCGAGCUUGCACCAGUCUACGGAGCUGAAGUCCCGGCCCGAAGGCAGUCUGUAUCUGUCAUGGCAGAUUCGAUGCACCACAGUGCGGCGUCCAUGACUGGCACUCAACUUGAGCCUCUGUCUGAUGAGAUUGACAGCCGUCUUGCAGGCGUAGACGCAUCCGAGAUCCAAAGCGUGCGACAGUCGGACGGGACAGUCAGCCAGACUGAAGGGUAUUUCUGCUUCAGGAACCCCGCGGGGGAGCCCCUCCGCUUCCUCGACGGACCACCUCUGACAAACGCCCUUUCCGUUCCGAUUGCGAGAGACGGAAGCAUCUUGUGCGAUGUAGAUGAGCUCGAGCGAGCGCCAGAGAGGUCAGGACGAUCGAGUUGGCCUGAUAAACCAUUGAGAAAGGGCCAAUGA